AUGGACAAACUUGGAGACUUCGAUGGCUUUUUAGAGAAUGUCGACAAAAUAAGUGAACUUGUGAAGGAUCUGAAUUCCUCUAAUGUUGAGCUCCAGCAAGAAGCAAUGGAGAAAGCUGACUGCUUGAUCACUGCUAUGGAGGAACCUUUCAAGACAAAAGUCAACAAGACUAAAAUUAACACAAACCCACCACUUCAGCCCUCUUUGAGUCUGCAGAACGAAAGUACAGAGAGGUUUAUGAAAAUCAUGGAGUGGGAUGCAGAAGAGAGGAGCAAAAGGAGGGCUAAAAAAGAGAGAAAGGCAGCUGCUCUCAAGGAAAAGGGGAAUGAAGCUUUUGCUCAAGGAGAUUAUGAAACAGCUGUGAAGUACUACAGUGAUGGCUUAGAGGAGCUACGGGACAUGUGGCCGUUGUACACCAAUCGGGCACAAGCCUACAUUAAGCUGGGAAAGUACGAGGACGCCAUCAGUGACUGUGAAUGGGCCCUGCGGUGUAAUGAGAAGUGCGUAAAGGCUUAUCUACUCAUGGGGAAAGCAUAUCUGGCAUCGAAGAAAUAUGAUAAGUCAAAAAGCUGUUUCAAGAAGAUAACAGAAAUAGAACCUUGGAGGGAGAAAAUGGUACAAGAAUACCUGACAAAAGUAAACUUGGAAGAGGAGAAAGAGAGUCAGGAGAUAAAGGCGAUGCGAGAGUUUGACAAGGGAGAAGAGAAGGCAACAAGAGUCCCCCAGCUGCUGGAAAAGCUGUCAAAGCCGGACAAGAUGUCCUUAUACUACCACGGAGGACUUGAGAUCCUGUCACAAGCAGUCCAUGAUUGCACAGACCAGACCCUUUUCAGACUGAACAAAGGCUUCAGUAUUAUCAACAGCAAUAGCAUGGUGAAAAGCUGCUUGUUAAGGGAAACAAAUGAUCCAGACGGCCAGGAGUUGUGUGUUUCUGUUCUGAAAUUAUGGAAGGCUGUUUGCUCUGGAAAUGAAGAAAACCAGAUGCUGUUGAUGACAUCCCCAGUCAGCAGACAGUCCAUGGUUGACUUGGUUGCAUCAGAGCAUGUUGCAGUUCAGAAAGAAUGCCUGGCAUUGCUAUAUUUGUUCUCAGAAAAGCCGCAUGGCAGACGUUUGGCCAUUGACAACCUAAAUACACACAUGAUGGUGAGAAACCUCAUGAUGUGCAUUGUAGAGCCAGAGCAGCAGCUGGAGAACAUAGCCAUCGAUAUUCUGGAGGAGUUUGCAACAGAAAACAAGUUUGUCAAACAGUUAAGGAGUGUGAUAACAGACUCUGUUAUUGUGCCAUUUACAACAAUAUUGAACAACAUCAGUGUGUCCAAUCGGCAAGUUCUCUCACCACUCAUAUCCACUGUUGACCGUUUGGCGAGAGAUGAUGUCAUCCAUUUCAAUUUUGUGCACGAUCCAGAGUGUUGGAGAGCUUUUGAGGCUGCCAUUAGGCAGUGCAUUGCAUGCAAAUACAAAGAGGUGCUUUACCCUCUGCUUGGUCUGAUCAUCAACCUGUCUACAAUCACCUCUCCAGCCAUUCAAGAGCAGGCUGUGUCACUGUGUGACUGCUGUCUGGGCUUGCUGAAGGAUAGUGAUGGAGGAGUCAUAACUAGAGCCACAGGUGUGCUAAGCACUGUUCUCCCUCAGUCCUCGGAUGCUGUCCAGCAUGUUAUUCAGGAGGGUGUGAUCAAGACCAUGUGCAGGCUCCUAAAGGGAAGAGGGGAGGCUGCUACUAAGUAUGCCAUUAAGACUCUGACAGUGUGCACUUCUGCCAGUCAACUUGCUCGCGAGGAGCUGGUGAAAUCUGCUAAAAAGCUGUCUAUUUUGCGUCAUUUACUGGGUUCCAGCAGUGACGAGAUGGUGACAGGAAAUGCAGCCCUUUGUUUUGCCCACUGCCUUGAGUUAGAGGGAAUUGCCAGCAGCCUGCUGGGCACAGAUAUUGUGCUGCUACUUCUUCGCCACGCUGCAGGGGAUGCAAAGAGGACAGCUGUGAAGCAAAAUGCAGCCAUCGCUCUCGGGAGGCUGUGUCAAUCUGAGCCCAGGCAUUUGGACAAGCUCCGAGAACUACACGGCUUUGAGAUUCUUCACUCCUGUAUGAAGCUCAUCACAUGACCAUACAACAUGUUAUAUCAUCUACUUUUCUU